GCCCCGGUAUGUCUCCCACUGACUCUCAGCACUCACAAGAAAAGUUGGUCGAGUUUGCAGGUGUUCGUGAAACUACCAAUGGACACAAGGGAAUAAAACAUGGAACAAGUCCAACUUCAGCUGAGUGAAUUUGAGCUUCUGCAGUGUAUGUACCCAGCAAGCAAUGAAUUGUUUGUCCAUGAUGUGACAGUGCUGGCAGACAUGCAUCAGUUUGCAAUCGGAGAUACAGAUAUUUGCCUUAGAAACUUGAGCUUUACGGUAAAACUCAGUCCAGAAGGGCAGAAUGGUCAUAAUAAUCUAACUCUAGAUGUGGACUGCUUUUAUCCUUUAGAUUACCCAAACGAUUCACCUGUCGUGUCUGUCAAGUGUGGGAAUCUCACUCGAGAUAAGCAUCAAGAAAUAAAUAAAGAUUUAAAGGAAUAUAUUACCACACUCGAGAAGGGUGAACUCUGUAUGGUGAAUGUGCUGCAGUGGUUGCAGGAUUGUAUUCUGAAAUCCACUGCAAAAGCCCCAGAUGCUAAUAAUGAGGAUAGAAAGAGUGCCGAGGGGCAAGAAAGUGAAGAUCCUGCCAAGUCUGUAUUCUCCAGAUACUUAAUUCAAAGCCACCACAUAUAUGGCAAAGACAAACGGCGAAAUAUUCUGGACUGGGCAACCGAGCUGUCUCUCACUGGAUUCUGUCUUCCAGGAAAGCCAGGUUGCAUCUGUGUAGAAGGUCAGAAACAAGCAUGUGAAAAAUUCUGGUCAUCAGUAAGGAGAUUGAAUUGGAAGAAGAUUUCCCUGCGACACCACGAGGAUUUUUUUGUAGCUCGCACAGAGGAGCUAGGAUCAUUGCGUUGUUUUGCAAAGUUUGAGGAACUGAAUUUGGACCCUCAUACCUGCCAUGGUGGUAGAGAAAAUAUAAUGGACAAGGGGAAAAUGUAUGAGUUCCUGGUGGCUCAUAACUGUCAGCAUAUCUUCUCAUUCUUCUUCAGUGUUGAAGGACAAGGUUCUCUCAGAGAGACCAGUCAAUGACGUCAGAUACACUUCUCAAAUAAAGAAGGCAAGUUGGUUAUAUAAGAGUGGUUCAUUUAUUGGACUGAUUGCUCUUAUGGAUUGAUAUCGUUCUUUGAUAUGAUGAUUCAGAAGAGGUCACGUGUAUUUAUUUCAUCGCUGCCGAGGGAGCUGAUGUACAUAUUGGAAUAAAAACACUCAAGACUGUGGAAAUAAA